GUUUACGUUUUACUGCAAAAGAACGGUGCAGGUAAUAUGAAUGUUGUUGAACUACUCGUUUUGUUCGAAGACGAUUUCGAUGAAAUACUUCGAGAUGAAAUGACAAAACAGUGGAAUCAACGAAAAGCGAUAAUAUUGGCCUUGGAUUAUUUUAAAUUUUUCUCAAAGGAACAACUUAUUAGCGCUUGUAAAGUGAGUUCUUUAAAAGAAUUUAAUCCACUGGAAACCAUAUACUACGAGGAUAAGGGACAAGCCGACUACACGUAUUUCGUUAUUAGUGGCGAAUGUAUGAUUUUGCAAUGUUUAAAAAUUCGUGUUUCAGAAAAGAAGGGCUCUAAAUUUUUCGAACUAGUUGAAAUAGAUAAGGAUUCCAACUCAAUAUUCACCCCUGAUGCGAGCGCUGAAGUGAUGAGAAUGACAAUUGUAGAAAAUGUCAAGACACAAGACUAUGAUAUUGAUGAAUUAAUCGCAUCCGAUGAAACAAAAUCGAAUAUGGAUUUGCAAAGGCCCGAUUUGCAAACAAUUGAAGCUAGAUGUCAAAAAAUUAUAAAUAGUGUACCUCCAGUUAAAGAACGCUCGUCAUCAUCAUUAUCGUCUUGGACUGAGUCAGGCGAAGAAUAUGAAAUUAAAUAUGAAGACGAAAGCGAAGAAGAACAGGAAAUUGGAUAUGAAGAUAGGUGGAGUAGAAUGUCGAGUGAAUUACAAACGAGAUCUAGUAUGUUGAAGAAAAAGUCUUUCCAACUUUCGAGAACAAGUAUUUAUUCUGAACUGUUGGAUGAAGAGGGAGAGGAAGAAGAUGAUUAUGGUUUCAAAUACUUGACUGAAAAUGGGCCCAGGCGACGUUCGUCUGCGGAAUCUAUAAUCCCGAAACGAACCAUUAACGAAGCGGCGGCUGUGGUAAAAAAUACGAACAAGCCCAAACAUCAUCAUAAGCGCAAAAAACAUAGACCUCAAGAAAUUCAAGAAGCUGCUGAAGAAGAAUAUGAAGCUGAAGAGACUGAACCCAUCUUACUUGAAAUGCAACCGUCAACAAUAUCCAAAAGGAGUUUUGUAAGAGUUCCACAAUACUCUUUACUGACCGACCUACGAGGACUUUAUACGGCCGAAAAUCUAAAUGAUGAAUUGGAACGCGCAAAUAAAAACGUUAAAACAACUCAAGAGAAUCACUUUAUUGAUGUUGGCUCUCUAACGUCUGGUGGCAUAUUUGGUUUAGGUGAAAAAUUAGAACAUCGAGUGAUUAUGGCGCGCACAACAGUACAAUGUCUGUUAAUGCCACGUUUUUGGCUUUUGGAGAAACCACAAAAUCCGGGCAACAUUUGGCAACGUCGACGUUUCUAUUUAGACUCAACAAUACCGUCGCGUCAAUCAUUGUUUACCGAUUUUCUAAGCACAUGCCAAUGGCAGAAAUUUAAAUCCCGCAUUAUUAAGCAGUGCAUUGAUUCCAAUUCUUUUUCAAAUCCUACCAAGAUACAGGACGUACCAAUUAUAUGUCGCAUUGUUGAAGCUAACAAUGAAUGA